GUGAGCGAGAGACAACUGAGAAGGCCAGCUGAGCUGUUUUAGUUUUAGUUUCUUAUUACAUAUCUCCCUCACUUGUAUUCUUUUCUAGUCCUAGAUUAGUGUUGUAAUAAUUAUGCAUGCUUCUUCAAAUUUGAUUGAGUAAUAAUGAUGUAGUGAGAGUUCUUGCAGAAUCUUUUUUGUUUUGGUAAAUUCUCUGCUGGGGGUUGUUUGGCUUGGGAUUUGGUUUGAUGGGUUCAGAGGGAGAAGUGGUGAUGAAAAAGGAGAAAGAUGGGAAACCCAAGAGAGGUUUGCACAGUCACUCAGAUUGCACCAAACACUGUGCUAACACCUGGCCUCUUUUUUCUUGUUACCACAUUUUUGCACACAAUAAAUAAAUCCUUGAGUUUAAGCUCCUCCUUGUAAAAAUAGCAGAAAAAAAUAUUUUCUAAAAUACCAUCAAGAAGAGAUAAAUAAAAGAAAAGUGGGUUGGGUUGGGUUCUUGAUCUUGUUAAAGAUCUUGAGUUGUAGUGGUACUUGUGCUGCCACUUUGUUGUGUUACUAGUCAUGAAGAGACUUAGCAGUUCUGAUUCUUUGGGUGCUUUGAUGUCCAUCUGUCCAACAACAGAAGAAGGGAGUCCAGGAAACAACCAUGUUUACAGCAGGGAAUUUCAGUCUAUGUUGGAGGGGUUAGAUGAAGAAGGUUGUGUAGAAGAAAUGGGGCAGAUCUCGGAGAAAAAGCGGAGACUGAGCAUAAAUCAAGUCAAGGCAUUGGAGAAGAAUUUUGAAGUUGAAAACAAGCUUGAACCAGAAAGAAAAGUGAAGCUUGCUCAAGAACUUGGUUUGCAGCCUAGACAAGUUGCGGUUUGGUUCCAAAAUCGCCGUGCCCGAUGGAAAACCAAACAAUUGGAGAGAGACUAUGGUGUUCUUAAAGCCAAUUAUGACAGCCUCAAGCUUAAGAAUGAUACUCUUCAACAAGAAAAUCAAUCUCUGCUCAAAGAGAUACGAGAGCUGAAUUCGAAGUUGGGAGAGGAUAACACUGAUAAAACCAGUGAACAUUCAGUGAAAGAAGAGAUGAUGGUGACUGAAGACAGUGAGAAAGCUACUGAUGUAGUACUGAAAAGUCCAUCGAUCGAAUGUGAAGAUAUUAAUACAGAGGUUAAUUUUGAAAGUUUUGAUCAUCAAAGCAACAAUGGGAUCACAAUGGCUGCUGAUCUAACUACAUUUUUCCCGGACUUCAAAGACGGGUCAUCAGAUGAUAGCGAUUCAAGUGCAAUCCUAAACGAAGACAAUAACAGCCCGAAGGCAGCCAUUUCUUCAUAUGCUACUAAUGGGGUUCCUAUUCGGAGUCACCAGUUCAUGCCAUCGUCCAUGAACUGCUUCCCCUUCAGCUCAUCGACGUCGAAAGCUUUUCUUGGAGAUGCUCAGAAAGCCUGUUAUCAGCCACAGUUUGUGAAGAUUGAAGAACACAACUUUCUUAGUGGAGAUGAGUCUUGCAACUUCUUCUCAGAUGAUCAAGAUCCUAGUCUUCAGUGGUACUGUCAUGAUCAGUGGAAUUAAAAUAAACCCCGUCAAGAAUAAAGAAAUCAAAUUAAUGGGGUAAAAAAUAAGGAGAGUAAGAAUAUUCUUGGGAGAUCUGAUGAAUUAUUCAUGGAAAUGGGUAAUUUAAAAUUUAAAAAAAAACAAAAAAAAGGGUAAAAAAAGAUUGGUCUCUCAAUUAUUUGUACAGAUUGAAGAAGUUGCAGGGUGCAGAGGUGGGAGAGAAUCACGUGUGGUGUGGUGCAGAGGGAAAUCAGGUGGUGGGGCCGUGUAGUGGAGGGUUGGCGAAUCAAUGACGUGCAGGAUGGUUAGAGUAGUUUUAUUUUUAUUAUUAUUAUUAUGGAUUAAUUAAGACUUGAGAGCACUUUGAGUAGUGCUGUUGAAUUUGUUAAAAACAUAAGUUGGAAAAAAGAUUAAGCACUCCAAUGGCUUGUUCAGUGGAGGUAAUGCAAUCUUUUGUAAAAAUAAACAAUGUCUCUUUUAAGCCAA